AUGUCACGACCCCCUGGGGGGUCCCGACUCCCAGGGUUUCACAGAGGGUUAGAUAAUUUUAUUAUUGGGCUUUGUGUGUUUGCUUCAGAGAAACACUCCCUGUACUACAUUUACACCGGCCUCUCCAAAGACCUGGAUCUACCAGGAAUCUACGAGUUCACAGCUCUGGGGCUGCUGGAUGACCGAGAGAUCGACUACUACAACAGUAAGGAGCAGAAGAAGAUUCCUAAACAGAGCUGGAUGAUGGAGAAGAUGCAGGAAGAUUACUGGGAAAAAGGAACCCAGUCUCGCAAGAGUAAAGAACAGUGGUUCAAGGUCAACGUGGAGAUUCUGAUGCAGAGGAUGAACCACAGUGAUCAGGAUCUUCAUGUUCUUCAGUGGAGACACGGCUGUGAGGUCGAGGAGUCUAAUGGAGAGGUGAAGUUUCUGAGAGGGAUUAGUGAGUACGGUUAUGAUGGAUCAGAUUUUCUCUCCUUUGAUAAUUCGGACAGGGUCUGGGUCGCUCCGGUUCAAGCUGCAGAAGAAACCAAGAGGAAAUGGGAUGGUGUUUCCAUCCUGAACCAGUACACCCAGGGCUACCUGGAGAAAGAGUGUGUGGACUGGCUCACCAAAUUCAUGGAGUACAGAAAAGAAUCACUGAGAAAUUACUCUCCUCCUGAUGUUCAUGCGUUGGCAACUAAAUCUGUUCGUGACCCAAAAAAGCUGAUUCUGACCUGCCUGGCCACGGGAUUCUACCCUAAAGACAUAGAGAUGGGUCUGACAUGGUUCCGCACUUCAAUUGCUGAUCAUCUGAUCACAUCUUCUGGAGUCAGACCCAAUGAUGAUGGAACCUACCAGCUGAGGAAGAGUGUGGAGAUACUGGAAGAUGAGAAAGCAGAUUAUUACUGUUACGUGACUCACAGCUCCCUCACAGAACCAGUGUUAAUAAAAUGGGUAAAUAUCGGCCCUGGAUCAGGACUGAUUGGAGGAGUAGUUGUGAUUGUGAUCUUGCUGAUUUUGCUGGCUGUGCUCAUCUUUGUUCUUCGAUGUAGGAAGAGGAGGAUGGAUGGUGUUGCAGGAUGUGGGCAGGUCAUCUAUGCUGGUACUCAGUACCUCAGUGCACGGGCUCAGUUCUAA